AUGGCUGAUCCAACCUCACCGAGCCCUUAUUCAGAGAACAAGAAAUUCGAGCCCAAAGUCCCGGUUGAGCUACAACCGCCGAAGCACGAUGAGAUUUCGCUGGAAGAGUUGAGCCAGUGCGACGGAACAAAUCCGGACAAGCCUACAUGGGUCGCGAUCAAGGGUACUGUCUUCGAUGUCUCCAAGAACAAGGCGUAUGGCGAGAAGGGUCAAUAUCAUGUCUUUGCCGGCAAGGAUCCUUCUCGUGCCCUCGCGCUCUCCAGUUUGAAGCCCGAAGACUGCGUACCAGACUGGUAUGAUCUGGACGACAAGUACAAGACUGUGCUCGACGAAUGGUACACCUUCUUUAGCAAGCGGUAUAACAUCGUGGGCAAGGUCAGUACAUUCAAACUACAAAAAUUAUGA